AUGGCUACAAGAGCCUGUAACAGUUCAGAUGACUCCCCCACCUCCUUUUAUCUGAUGGGCAUCCCCUCCCUUCCAGAAUCAUUUGCCCUCCCAGUCUUCUUCAUCUUCCUCAUCCUCUAUCUCCUCAUUGUCACUGGCAACAUUCUGAUCCUGGUGGCUGUGGUGAUUGACUCCAACCUUCACAAGCCCAUGUACUUCUUCCUGACCAACCUCUCAGCACUAGACAUCCUCUUUACUACAACCACCAUCCCCAGAAUGCUCUCCCUCUUCUUGUUAGAUGAUAGAAUCCUCUCCUUCCCAGCCUGCUUCCUGCAAAUGUACUUUUUCCAUGGCCUUGGUUGUGGGGAAGCCUUUAUCCUGGUGGUCAUGGCCUAUGACCGCUAUGAAGCCAUCUGCCACCCAUUGCACUAUACAGUCCGCAUGACCCCACAGGUCAUUGCCAAGCUGGCAGCUGGUGCCUGGUUAGCUGCCCUCCUGCUGCCCAUCCCAGCUGUGGUCCAGUCAUCCCAGAUGACCUUUGGCACCCUGGCCCAGGUCUUCCACUGCUUCUGUGACUACCUGGCAGUUGUGCAGGCCUCCUGCUCAGACCCUACCUUCCAGACAUUCCUGGGUUUCUGUUGUGCCAUGGCUGUUUCCUUCAUGCCCCUGCUACUGGUGGUCUUAUCCUAUGCUCGAAUUCUCAUCUCCAUCCUGAAGAUCAGCUCAAAGGAGGGCCAGGCAAAGGCCUUCUCCACCUGCACAUCCCAUCUCCUUGUUGUUGGCACCUACUAUACAUCUAUUGCUGUGGCCUAUGUGGCCUACAGGGCUGGCCUUCCUGUGGACUUCCACAUUAUGGGGAAUGUGGUAUAUGCCAUCCUCACACCUGUGGUGAACCCCCUCAUCUACACCCUAAGGAACAAGGAUGUCAAAGCAGCCAUCACCAAAUUCAUGAUUCCCUGGAAAAGAAGACUGUGA